UUUCUUGUGUCACAAUUCAAAAUAAAUACCAUAAUAGGUUUAGUGCGGUGUUCUGUCAUGUGUCAAUUUAUAUAAUUUGUAUUUUUAAACUUCUAACCGCGCGAGCGCAUUUUGCUCAGCAUUUUAGCUGUGAUACCGGCAGUAUUUUGUGAUAUAUUUGUAAUGCAAUUUUGUAGUUCUUGUACAGAACCUUUAAAAAUUCAUUCCAUACAGAAUGACGUCGUGGGAAUCUGUUUACAUCCAACACUGUUUUAUUAUUAGUGUUGUUAUACGCGCCAGCGUAACAUACAAUUUUUCGAAUAUUAAUCUUCCCGACGAGCACAUUCCAUAUUAUUUUAGUUCUUUUAACGAUAUUGCCGAAAAGUGUAGAACUUCGGAUCAAUGCCCAUAUAAGGAGUAUCUAGAUGUAAAGGCUUGUUGGGGAUAUGAGCAAGGCUGCAAGCUACAGGAGUCAUAUUCAAUGCCUCUGUGUCCUGGUGAUCACCGGGGAUGGGUGAAGUCAAAGCAAGACCAGCUCCAAACUUUUUAUACCCAGGGUGAUUUUGGAUAUGUUCGUCAACAGCUUGAAGAGAUGAUGGUGAUGUGUGAGCCAUUAUUUAAGGAGGAUUCAUCCUUGGAAUGCUCAAAACACUUGAGAUUUUGUAGAGGCCGUAACUUGAUGAUCAACUUGACUGAUUUAGCAUCUCGAUCUGAACCAUUACGAUACAAAAUGGAUGUCCUGAAGCCUGGUCAAAUUGGUGGAUAUUGCAGGUUACAUAAUGAGAGGCUGCAAGCUGAAUGUGAUCAUAUAAGUCCUUUGCAAUCGUGGGGUCCUGAAAUUCGCUACUUCACUGAAUUGCCCAGGAGACCAAUCACUGAUGAUGACUGUGAUGUAGUAAUUGAAAAACCUACUUUCAUUAUGAAAAUUGAUGCCACAGUCAACAUGUACCAUCAUUUCUGUGAUUUUUUCAACUUGUAUGCGUCAUUGCACAUAAAUUCUUCUCAUCCAAGUGCUUUUUCUACUGAUGUCCAUAUACUCAUAUGGGAAAGCUUUACAUAUCAGUCAAGUUUUAAAAGUGUGUGGGAAGCAUUCACAUCAAAUCCUCUCUGGGAUCUGAAAACAUUUCGUGGUGAAAAAGUAUGCUUCAGGAAUGUAGUAUUUCCACUUCUUCCAAGGAUGAUAUUUGGAUUAUUCUACAAUACACCAAUUAUAUGGGGCUGUGAAAAAAGUGGUUUGUUCCAUGCAUUUUCUAAGCAUAUCCUACAUCGGUUACAUAUUCCACAGUAUAAAAGAAAUGAUUCCAAAAUCCAUGUUACAUUGCUGUCAAGAGACACAGCAUAUAGAAGAAUAUUAAAUGAGGAUGAACUCAUUUACCAUUUAAAACUGAAUCCAGAAUACGAAGUUAAGAAGGUUGUCUACAAUAGGCAAAUGGAUUUUAAAAAACAGUUGGAGCACACUCAUAAUAGUGAUAUAUUUAUUGGUAUACAUGGAGCUGGCCUAACACAUUUGCUCUUUCUCCCUGACUGGGCAGUUGUUUUUGAGCUGUACAAUUGUGAGGAUGAAAGCUGUUACUUGGAUCUUGCCAGACUGAGGGGAGUCAAGUACAUCACAUGGCAAGACAAGACAAAACUCCAUCAACAAGAUGAGGGUCACCAUCCAGGAGGAGGAGCACAUGCAAAAUUUACCAAUUAUGGUUUUGACGUCACAGAGUUCCUUCGACUCGUAGAAAUUGGUGCUAAACAUGUAAAACAUCAUCAAGAAUUUAAAAAGUUCCAUUUGAGGGGCCAUGAUGAAUUGUAGUCAGUAAGGGCUCAACUAUUUUUAACUUGGAAAAAUUUUACUUUUAGUUAUAAAUUUUCUGGAGAAUGAAUAGCGAAUAGUAAAGUUACAAUACUGCAUAACUCAGUGACACAGAUUGUGGAUUUUGGAAACUAACCUCUCAUUUCAUUUGCCACUUUACUGAAUCUCAAAUAUAUAAAUCAUCGAUGCAUACUAUCAGAAAAACAAUUUAAUAAUACUUUUGUUAUGUCAAGAAAAUGCAUUUUCUGGUGUAUCAACAUCAGAAAAAUUUCAGAUCUGUCAAAUGUCCAAAGUCUUUCUGUGUGCAACACAAUUAUUUACCAGUGAUUUACCAAAACAUACAGUGUACUAUAUGCACCAGACAAACAGAUUUUGUAAAAAAAGAAAGAAUGAUAAAAAUGAAAAUGGGCAACUAUCAGUUCUCAGGGAUAAUGUUAUUUGAAAACAUAUAAUAACAUGCUUGUUGCUUGAACACCAUUGGUGUGUGUAUGAUUCCUGCCUUCAAAGGAGCAUUGACGUGAAAAAAUGUAAAUUGGGCUGCAUUCUGUUGCAUGUUGUCUUUAUGUUGUUAUGUGGAAAUAUAUUGUUUUGAAACAUUAGACAUAAAACUGAAGGCCUUGAGGAAGAAAUAUACAGUAUUCUGUUGGAUAACAUCA